AUGGCCACGGACCCUGCAGCCGCGGCCGCCCGCGUCGGCAACCAGACCAUGGUGUUCUGCGAGGGCGACCCGUUGCGACCGACCCUCUUGGAGCAGAUGCCCGCGGAGGUCCAGGACGAGUUCCGGCGGCUGCCGCGCGGGCUGCAGAUGCUGCUGCUCAGCAGCAUGGCCAGCCAGGAGUCCGUGCAGGGCAGGAUAGCCGAGGCCCACGAG